AUGUUCUUCGGAAUCUUCGACAUCUUCCCCAAUCUCCUCACUACCGGGCUCACCACCCUCUUCCCCAUCUUUGCCUCGUACAAGGCGCUGCGCACCGGCGACCCCCAGCAGCUGACGCCAUGGCUGAUGUUCUGGGUGUGCUUCACCAUCGCCCAGACGGCCGAAUACUGGUUCUCUUGGGCGGUUGACUGGCUGCCCUUCUACGCGUGGAUACGCUUCGGUGCCUACCUGUACCUGGUCCAGGGGGCCCCAUAUCUCUAUCAGACGCACGUGCACCCCUUCCUGGCGCAGCACGAGCACGAAAUCGAGCGCUUCAUCAGCGACGCGCACGAAAACGGCAAGCGCGUGGGUCUGCAGUACCUCAACCAGGCCAUCGAAUACGUCAAGGUCAACGUCCUGGGCAUGGCGCCCUCGCCGCAGCCCCCGCCCACCCGCCCCGGCCAGCAGGGCGGCACCUACGCCCAAACCCUCCUCUCGCGCUUCAACCUGCCCUCGGCCACGCAGGGGCUCGCCGCCCCGGCCGGCGACUUCUACGGCCUGGUGUCGGGCGCGCUGCAGGGCGCCGCGCAGUGGCAGCGGCAGGGCACCGCCUCGCGCGCCGACGCCGCCACCGCCCUCUCCGCCAGCGGCGCCAUCAUCCCCGACGAAAUCGCCCGCGGCCGCCCCGAGGACCGCGCCAAUUACAUCGCCUCGCAGCGCACCCGCCUGCAGACGCUCCUCAGCGCCUUUGAGCAAGAAGCCGCCACCGCCGGCAACGUCUCGAGAGACCCGUCCAGGGAGCGCAGCGGCGCCGGCAGCCUGUCCAAGAGCAAGAGCGAGCUGGAGUUCGACCGCGUCGAGUACGACGAGGCCUUUGAGGGGAGCAGCAGCGGCGGUAGCGGACGCGGCCGUCCGGGCGGCAGCCGGACAACCAGCGGCGGGUGGAUGCCGUGGCAGUGGGGCGCGGGCGCGCAGCCGCAGGAGAAGGGGAGGCUGUCGCCGCAGCCGCCGCCGUCGAGGUCGCGCACGCCGUCUCGUGAGAGCAGGGGAAGGGCGACGGGCAGCGAUCUGGCGUACUAA